UAAUUGCGGAGCAAGGUUUACCAACAUCUUUCCUUGAUUUGUUGGGAACUACAUCCGUACGGAAGAUGGAAUAUCUCGUACGGAGAAGGUCUCGGCUGAGUGGGGAAAGGGAACCCAGAGCUAGAAUUUGAUGAAACACAGCGUACGCAAGACGGCUUUGAGUACCAUAUCUGAGAAGAUACUAGCCAGCCUCGCAGUGAUAGAGCAUGCAUAAAGAGGAGAUAAGUCACACGUGACAAUGGAUCACGCAAUUCGGCUGCGAGAAAACUGCCCGGCAAUUUUCCUUUUUCCUUUAACCACCAACUUUUUUUUUCUUCCCUCUUUAUAGAACAUGAGUCACAACGGCUAUGGCGGAGGCAGCUACGGAGGAGGAGGAGGAGGCUGGGGCGACGACAGGAUGAGCAACUUGGGUGGGGGUCUGCGUUCGGUUGAUUGGAACCAUACAAAACUCGAACACUUUGAAAAGAACUUCUAUGUUGAGGACAAACGAGUUUCCGCCCGAAGUGACCGAGAGAUAGAAGAAUUUAGACGAGCUAAGGAGAUACGAGCAAGCCGCAAUGUUCCAAGACCUGUUACGUCGUUCGAAGAAGUGGGAUUCCCGGAAUAUUUGAUGAAAACCAUUCGUGCCCAAGGCUUUUCUGCGCCAACUGCUAUUCAAUGUCAAUCGUGGCCUAUGGCGCUUACCGGUCGAGACAUGGUAGCCAUUGCUCAAACUGGUAGUGGAAAAACCAUUUCUUUUGCUCUCCCAGCGAUGCUACAUAUCAACGCUCAACCACUUCUUGCACCAGGAGACGGACCGAUUGCAUUGGUAUUAGCUCCCACGCGAGAGCUUGCUGUUCAAAUACAACAAGAAUGUUCUAAAUUCGGCAACAAUUCACGUAUACGCAACACUGCAAUUUAUGGAGGUGCACCCAAGGGUCCUCAAAUUCGUGAUCUUCAACGCGGAGUGGAAAUUGUCAUCGCCACCCCUGGUCGUCUCAUUGACAUGCUUGAAACCCAAAAGACCAACCUUCGUCGUGUGACCUAUCUUGUGAUGGAUGAAGCCGAUCGUAUGCUCGACAUGGGUUUUGAACCUCAAAUCAGGAAAAUAGUUUCUCAGAUCCGACCCGAUAGACAAACUUUGAUGUUCAGUGCUACGUGGCCGAAAGAUGUGCAAAAGUUAGCAAGCGACUUUCUUACAGAUAUGAUUCAAUGCAACAUUGGUUCUAUGGAGCUCACCGCCAACCACAACAUUGCUCAGAUCGUCGAAGUGUGUAGCGACUUCGAGAAGCGCAACAAAAUGAUCACCCAUCUGGAAAAAAUUAGCUCCGAGAAUGCGAAAGUUCUCAUAUUUGUUGCAACUAAGAGGGUAGCGGAUGACAUCACAAAGUACCUAAGGCAAGAUGGAUGGCCUGCCCUUGCUAUUCAUGGUGACAAGGAGCAACGCGAACGUGACUGGGUUCUCGGUGAAUUCAAGGCUGGUCGUUCACCUAUUCUGAUUGCCACAGACGUUGCGUCUCGUGGUCUUGGUAUGUUUUUAUCAUUUGUGUUGCAAGCGCUGCGUCUUUUUUUCUGUGCUGGUGUCAUCCAUGUGGCCGUCGGGUUUGCUUGA